AUGAAUCCCAAACCACAAUCUCGACACUCCAGUGCGCGAGCGAAUGAAACCGCCGCACAACACACUACUGCCCAGUCGACACCUCCCGCUCGACAAGCGCAGUCAAGCUCCGAUUCCAGCGAGCAACCGUGCUGUUCCAAACAAGCACAAAUACAAUCAUUGCACACCGACAAUGAUAGCAAAAUUCUCCUUCCAACUGCCAUAGUCGCAGUUGAACACGAGGGUGAAUUGUUUCAACUUAGAGCCCUGAUUGAUCAAGGCUCACAAAGAACUUUCAUUUCCUCGAAAGUUCAAAAACGGUUGAAACUACCAUUCGAACAUUCCAAGUUCGAAAUUUCCGGCAUGGGUGGACAUGUAGUACAAAGCUCCUCAAAGCUUUGUCCACUCACAUUGGUAGCACCAAAAACCAUGCAACGGAUAAACACACAGGCUAUCGUGUUACCUCAGCUCACGAGGCACAUGCCUACAUUCACCAUUAGCCGUGAAAACUGGCAGCAAUUCAAGAUCCUUGAACUUGCUGACCCAAGCUGUCACAUACCAGUUCAAACUGACAUGGUAAUCGGCAGCGAUAUACUUCCACAAAUCCUGCUGGAAGGUAUACAAAAUAUUUGCGACACUAUACUUGCGCAAAAAACAAUAUUUGGCUGGAUUCUCAGUGGUCCAAUAACCGAAAAUGUGGUGUCAUUCUCGACACAAGUAGAAGAGUGCUCGAAUGCAACUCUCAGCUCUCAGCUUCGAAAGUUUUGGGAAGAGGAGGAGAUUCCACAACCUCCACAAAUUUCCCCUGAAGAUCAGGCUUGUGAGCAUAUAUAUGCAACAACAACGACUCGUGCCCCAAACGGUCGAUACAUUGUGCGACUUCCAUUCAAGGAAGAAUUUCCAAAAAAGCUGUCUCUGGGCCACUCUCGGUCUGCUGCACUUCAGCAGUUUUUUGGCAUGGAGCGAUCGCUUCAGAAAAAAGGAGACUUAGGCACAAUGUAUAACAAUGUGUUGCAAGAAUAUCUCGACCUCGGUCAUAUGGAGCACACGAAGCCAUGUGAGAUAGUAGCUAAUGGCAAAUACUUCUCAUUCUACUUGCCACACCAUGCGGUCGUCAAACCAGAUAAGGUAACCACCAAAGUUCGCGUGGUAUUCAACGCCUCAAAAACAUCUGGUUCAGGAAAAUCCCUGAAUGACGUGUUGCACACUGGUCCCACACUCCAGCCAGAUCUCAUGCUGCUCAUUCUGCAGUGGCGAAUGCACAGAUUCGUGUUCAAUGGCGACAUUGAAAAAAUGUAUCGUCAAAUACUCAUCCAUGAGGACGAUAAAGAUUUUCAGCGAAUCUUAUUUCGCACAUCGGCUGACUCUCCUGUCACCGAUUAUAAUCUUAAAACCGUAACGUUCGGGGUUAAUUGUGCACCAUACCUCGCUAUCCGUACCCUGCAUCAAUUAGCAGAUGAUACGAUAGCGACAUUUCCCUUGGCUGCCGCAAUACUUAAAACCGAAACGUAUGUGGAUGACAUCCUAUCCGGAAGUCAUGAUAUUGACAACGCCACUGAAUCACUUCUUCAAGUGAUCAAAGCGCUUAAAUAUGAAGACACAGUUUAUUUCACAAAUCCGGGUAACAGCCGUGUCGACUCAAGUAGCUAG